AUGAAUCGCCGAGAUUAUCUCAAGAAGAAAGCUAUUAAGACAAACUCAACUGCAUGCCACAAUGCUUACAAAAGUCUUCGCAAUGAGAUUAACAAAAAAAUUAUGUAUGCAAAGCGAGAUUAUUACACAAACUGUGUUGACAGAAACAGAAAUAAUACAAAGCAAAUGUGGAAACAUAUUAAUCAGUUAGUUAAUAAAAAUUCUAGAUCAACAAAUAUAUCAGUACUACAAAUAGACGAACAGGUUAUUACUGAAAAUGAAACUAUAGCAGAUUUGUUCAAUGAAUAUUUUACUGAUAUAGGACCAAAUCUGUCGAACCAGAUCACGGAAACUAACACUGAUUUUAAACGUUAUAUGAAAUUUAAAACUCAACAUAAGUUCAAUUUCGAAAACAUUAAUAUCAAUGAAGUGUUAAAUGCACUUGAGAAAUUUUAA